AUGUCGGGGAUGAGCAGUGGUGUAUGUAUGGACACUGACCUCUCCUCAAUGCUGCAGAGAAGCUCCGCCCCCUCGCACCAUCACCCCAAUCACCAUGGUUAUGGGCCACAGGGACAGAUGUCGAGUCUUGCUCCCAUGCUGGAUUACUCGGAGAUGGACCGCUACAGAUCGUCCAUCGCAAACUUCUACAAAACCAACGUUAACAUGAACAUGAACAACUUCCCUCAGGCCAAGCUUGCUGCACGCCUUGCUGCCACGCCCAUUUUCCCACCGCGGCUGGGUGCAAUGGCAACGGGCCCCUGGGGCUGCCAUGACAACAUGAACCCGGCAGCCAUGUUCUGGGGUCGACCGAAGCCCAACCACCACCACGGCCACCCGGGUCACAUGGCCUCUGCGCACGUGCCCAGUGCGGCGAUGCCACAGAACGCUUCAGGAAACGGCAACAGCCAAUCAGGACGGGCCGACAAGAGCCCGCUUCCUGGUUCACAGACGCAUCAUCACAUGGCGCCGGGUAACGGGAACUUUCUGCCUAAUUACAGUGGUGCAGACUGUUUGAACAAGCAGGGACAUGCCCACUCGGACAUGAUGGGCCUUUCAGAUGGUAGCGGCUGCAACGGGGGCGGGGUUAUGGGUGGGAGCUUUCUCGGGUCGCUCGGAAUACCGCCUGGGGUCAUUGUCAUGGCGAUGGGGUCGGCCGGGGGCGGGAUCUCCUCGGAGGCAAGCAGCGCUUUCCAGAUGACAGGCGGCCAGCGCGCGCUCACGGACUGUCAGCAGCACACUAACUCCUCCCCAUGCCCCUCUUCCUCCUCCCCGUCGUCAGGGGUAACGACAGGGGGUGGGGCUACCUCCGCAGGGGGUGGGGCUUCGUCCGCUGCGGCAAAGAGGAAGAGGAAGCGUUGUGGCGUGUGCGGCCCGUGUCGACGCCUCAUCAACUGCGGCGUCUGCUCCUCGUGUCGCAACAGGAAAACGGGGCAUCAGAUCUGCAAGUUCAGGAAGUGUGAGGAGCUGAAGAAGAAGCCCGGGACCGGAGGAUCGCUGGAGCGCCCCCCGUCUGUCCCGGCUGGAGAAGCUUUCAGAUGGUUUUUCUAA